CGGUGAUGGGAAAGAGUUCCCUCCCAAACGGAACGACUCAAGUCCUCGAGCUUGGCUUGCGUACUUUUUUUUGUAGCUUCUUCUCACCUACACAAACCUGGGCUCUAGGCAUCUCUUAGUUGUCUUUGAGUUCUACGACUUUACGACUACGGCGGAUCCAAGGCAAGAUGUUCGUGCUAGAACUCUUAGCCUAAGACAUCCGACAUCGCCCUCGCUUCUCGACCUACACCUACAGGCAUUCUUCGAGGUCAUCAACAACAUUCCUUCAUUCCGAUCUCGAGACAAGAACCACGCCAAACGCUACGAGGAACCAAAAAUACCUCGAAACUUUACCGCGCGAGACAUCCCGAUCCCGCCUGAAACACAACUUUCCUUCCUGUCGUCGCCAUCAUGGCGCCGGCAACCGAUGAACUCUCUGCACCUGGUGCAGUGAGUUAUGAUUCAAAUACUCAAGUCGUCGGGGAUGGAACGUGGGACUUCGACAAAAAUACAUUUCUACUCCCCAAUUUACAGGGUCUUAACCAUGAAACCAUGCGUUACAAUGGCAUGGGAAACAGAUUUUCCACACUUACACAAUAUCAUGGCCUUGUACUAGCACAUGCCGUUUUGGGAACGAUAAUAUUCCUCUUUCUCAUCCCCUUUUCUGUCAUGACUGCUAGAUUCUACUCAAGGCGUCCUGGCUGGGCCAUCAAAUACCAUGGCCAACUCAACGUCUUUUCCGGCUUGUUGCUCGUGCCUCUCUUUAUCCUUGGCUACUUCGCAGUCGGGCCUGAACGAAGCUUGACGAACCCACAUCAUGGAAUUGGUGUCGCCAUAUUUACUCUAUUUCUGGUCCAGCUUAUGGGCGGUUGGAUCGUGCGAAGGGUGGCCAAGUCCAUCUCAUUGCGCAUCAUGAUUCACCAAUGGUUCGGUCGAGCGAUUGCCCUUUUGGGCAUUACUCAAGUUCCCCUGGGACUCACCUUGUACGGCUCACCACUCUAUCUGUUCAUCCUCUACGCCGUCUGGAUGUUUUUCCUUUUUAUUUUGUACUUCAUCUUGAGUUGGCGGUCUGCUUCUCACCGAGACUACUAUAUGGGUGGAGCACGCUCAGAAAUGCGGUCUGAGCUGGCGCCAACAGAAGAUACACGCACUCGAUAUACAGAGUCUGAAUACUUCUCAGAGUACAAAUCGGAGCCUCCUAAGAGCAAAGCCAAAUGGCUAGGCCCGUUCAUCGCACUUGGUGGACUCGCAGCCUUGGCCAGAGGACGAAACAAGAAUAAGAACCAAGACAGUGGAAGUCGAGUCCGAAGUCGAUCCCCUUCCUUUGAUCGCAGCCAAAGACCAGAAGUUCUCCCCUCUAGGACCGGAUCAGCUAGCUACCUCACUGGGCACACCGGGGAAAAGUAUUCCGAUGUAGCACGUAAGGACAAUGGCGGAGCUGGAGCCGGAGGUGGAAUCGCAAAGUUCUUGGCCGUCCUGGGACUCGGAAAACUGUUCUCCAAAAAGAAUCGCACACGCGACGAAGACUACUCAGAGUAUUCUGCAGUAUCGACUGAAACACCCAGACGCCAUCGCGCAACCGCGAGCGCUCCCACUAUGACUGACUUUACCAGGACUGAUUUCACCAGCGAUGUGACACCCAAUAAUAGAAGAGAGCCCGAUAUCACCCGUACUUCGUUACUCCCUCCCUCUGGAAAUCGCCCUCCACCUCCCGCAAUGUCGCAAAUGCGGAGCGCCGCUGAUGGAAGUUAUACCGAGACUGCUCUGAGCUCCCCUCCUCCAUCUGUAACCCCUCGAGGCAAACGAUACCCGCCAAAUUCAGGUCGCAGCUUCUUCGAAGAGUCAGACUAUUCUUCCUAUGUCAGUCCUUCUCGACGACCACCGCCUGAGAAAUCUGGUGGUGGUUUUGCGAAAGGACUGCUAGGUGGCUUUGGCUUCGGAUGGUUUGCGAAGAAGAUGGCGGACAGGAGGGCAGCAAAGGAAGAGCAACGCUUACGUGAUGAAGAGGACUUGAGAUCUGGUACCUCAUUGUCCAGGUUUGCCGGCGGCGACGGACACGACUCUCCCACGAGACGAGACAGCCGCCGGCCCAUCGAACGUCGACAAACAGGCUACCCUCCAGCGGACACGCUUCUAUCAACCGAGAUGUCGGAAUCGACCAUUGAGCCCCGGCCUGCACGAGGUAACUACGUCCCACCUACUGAAAUGAGCACUUUACCCCCACAAUCAAAUCUCCCACCCGUGGCCGGCCGUGCAGGAAACCACUCGAGACGCAGUAGUGAGCAUGUCUCAAUGCCUGCGAUGCCACCUGAUCCCCACGGUAUCCUGGCACCCACUGAAACCACGGCCUCAGGAAUAUCCCCAGGAUCUCGGGCUCAGCGGUCCCGUCAAGGCCGGCCCGGUGGCCGAGAUACAUCAAGACUUGCCCCAGGCGAGGAAGAUUCGCGUUAUGAACGCUAUGCAUCCCCAGCCAGUGUCAGUGUCAAGAUGAAGGUACAUGAUGAUAAAGACAGGAACGUGACCCUCCGACGACUUACAGAGGAGGAAGCAAAGGCAGCACGGGGCCGAAGAGACUCUGCCAGUAGCAUCUCUGGAAUCGAGUCUCCCUCGUACCGCCGACGUUACCGAAGAGACUCAAGCCAAAAGCGAGCUGAGACCGCUGCCGAGCGAAGAGCUGAAGAGGAGGAUGCCAUGCCGCCUCUGUCCCCCCCGAACCCUUCAUUUGCGAAGCAAAAACGACGAGGCAAAGACUCAGCGUAUUACUCUGGACAACCGACACAGGCACAAACACCGGCGUCGCUAUUGCCAGGCGGCACCUCGGCCCAGUUUGGCCAAACAGUGUCUAGUUUGGCUGAGAGCCAUGGCACUUGGAGUGGCAUCACUCCAUCUAUCAACACCUCGCCCCCUGGACCUGCUGGAGAAGGGCCAGCUGAUGGAUCGGCCGCGGCAGAAAAUCGACGACAACGGCGUCGACUCGAAAGGAGACGUGCAAGCGGACCUACUGCGGAACCACCUGCCACUACCAAUGUCGACAUGUUUGACUAAAAGGCCGAGAAUUGAGAAUUUGGUGUCUCUCGUUUGUCUGUCGACUUCAAGCUGACACGUGAGCGACUGGUUGGUGAAAAGAUAUGCAUCUAUCUAGCAUGGGCGGCGUUCUUGGAGGGAGAUUUGUGGAUUUCGUAACGUCACGUCACAUCGAUUUCGAUGUUUGCAGAUAGACUUGGAGGACGAUACUGAUGUCAAUGAACGAAUUGAUUGGCUUGAGAAUGAUAACUUGAUAUAUGGCAACUUUCUUAUUAUUAGAGUUUGGAGGGAUCCACAAAGGAUUGACGAUAAUGAAUUCAGAAUUGCGCUUCUCUCAUGCAAAAAAA